AAAAAUCAAUAAGUAAAAUAGAGGCCUGUCGUACAGUUCGCGAUCACAUAAGUACUCUUUAAUUUUCUCAAAGCUGCGGUCGCCGCUUUCUCGAUCUCAUCAUAAUAUCUCUGUGUCUGAUUUGGUAAGCAACAUCAAACGUUUUCUUAAUUUGAGAGAUCAAGGUUUCGGUUGUUUCAAUUUGUAGGGCUUUUCCUCUUCGUUUCGUGCUUCGAUUUCUAGGUUUUUCACUUUCGAUUUCGCAUUAUAUAGCCGAAUUUCCAGUGAUUACCCCAGAAUUUCAGUAUCUUCUAUCGAUUUUUAUCUCUUCUUUCUAUUCAUUCGGUUUUUGAUUUCGUAUUAUCUUUAGAUCUGAAAUUCGUUUGGCUUAGGGUUUGAAUUUGUGUUCUUCUAAAUUUUUGAAAAUUAAAAAACAAAUUGAAUUGAUUGUAUACUAGAAUUAGGGUUUACUGGAAGUCAUUAAGGGGAUUUGAAUUGCGAUUAUUGCUUUUAGUUAAGUAUAGAUUCUGUUAAGUUUAUAUGGCGGCUGGGAGACAUGGGGGUUACCGUGACAAUGAAUUCAGAGACCGAGAGGCUGAUUUUGAAGUGUCAAGGCGUGAAUAUGCUUAUUCCAAAGAGGAAUAUGACUAUGAGCGGAUUAGGAAUAGUCAUCAUGAAAACAACAAGCGGGGUCGAGUUCGUUAUUUGAGAGAUAGGGUUAGACAAAAGGAUAUCAAAGAGAGGGAAGUGAUGACAAAUGCUGGUUAUCACUCCUCAUCUAGUAGGAGUGAUUCAGGUGGUGGCCGUAAUAGUCAUGAGCCAAAGCAAAAGGAGUUUCUAGUUAAGGCUAUUGAUAAGGAGCCUGGUGAGUUGUCAAGUGAAAGUGGGUCUGAUGAUGCAACUGAGAUUAACUCUGUAUCGAAAGGUAAGGAUAAUGAAGUAUCCAAGGUGGUAGAGAAUGGGAUUCAAUCUCCUUUGGAAAGAAAAAGGAAAUUUUCUCCUAUAGUGUGGGAUAGAGAUGAUAAUGAUAUAAGUAAAAGUAGGAACCCACUGAUUGUCACGACUCUUCCCCCUCCACCACCUUUGCCCAAGACAUAUCACAAAUCACCUAAUGUUGUUCCAGAUGGAGGUGUACAUGUAUCCCCCCUGAAGAGUUGGAUAAACCCAGAUUUGCAGUCUAUUUCACUAAUUGAUCCACCUGUUCUACCUAGGUCAGUUGAAUAUGAUACUUCUGAGUCUCCUGUAGGGUUGUCUUCUUCACCAUCAAAAGAACAACAAGGGGGUAACGUUCAGGAAUUGGAGCGUUUAGAUGACGAAGACUAUGUACCAAUGCGGAAUAUAUCUUCUUCGAGAUGGGCAGCUGGAAACAGUUCUCCUGUUGAUGAAGGUGAAAUUUUAGAAGAUGAGGAAGUUCCUAAAAGGAGGAAGAAAAUGCCUCUUUCAGAGUCUUUGCAAACCAGAUUACGAAACAAAUCCAUUAGUCCUGAGCUUGUGGAGCUUAAGAGAACAGGGUCUGAAAGGGCUAGAUCCAGGUCAUCUGAAUCUGAUGAACGAGGCAGCCACGCUAGAUCUUUGAGUGGAGAUGAUUAUCUUGGUAAUGAUUCCGAGAAGGAUGAUAGCAUAGAGAUUGAUGAGGAGCGGAACCAUGAUAAUAUUAGUGUUAGUGGGUCUGAUGCUAAUUUAGAUGAUGAAACUGACUCUCGUGAGACUUCAGAACCUGCAGCACCUCCUCAAAGAAGUAUAAAUAUGCUUCAGGGGUGUAGAAGUGUUGAUGAGUUUGAGAGGCUAAACAAGAUAGAUGAGGGCACUUACGGUGUUGUAUAUAGAGCUAAAGAUAAAAAAACUGGGGAAAUUGUAGCCUUGAAGAAGGUAAAGAUGGAAAAGGAAAGAGAAGGUUUUCCAUUGACUUCUCUUAGAGAAAUAAACAUCCUUCUUUCUUUUCAUCAUCCAUCAAUUGUUGAUGUUAAAGAAGUUGUUGUAGGGAGUAACUUAGAUAGCAUUUUUAUGGUGAUGGAAUAUAUGGAACAUGAUCUAAAAGGACUGAUGGAGGCAAUGAAGCAGCCAUUCAGUCAGAGUGAAGUGAAAUGCCUCAUGCUCCAGCUAUUAGAGGGUGUCAAGUAUCUUCAUGAUAACUGGGUGCUUCAUAGAGAUUUGAAGACUUCAAACCUACUUUUGAAUAAUAGGGGUGAGUUGAAGAUCUGUGACUUUGGUUUGGCUCGUCAAUAUGGGAGUCCAUUGAAACCAUAUACUCAUUUGGUGGUUACUCUUUGGUACAGGGCACCAGAACUUUUAUUGGGUGCAAAACAAUAUUCAACUGCAAUUGACAUGUGGUCAUUGGGGUGUAUCAUGGCUGAACUAUUGUCUAAGGAGCCACUGUUCAAUGGCAAAACUGAAUUUGAUCAACUCGACAAGAUUUUCAGAAUCCUCGGCACCCCAAAUGAGACAAUUUGGCCGGGAUUUUCAAAGCUGCCUGGUGUGAAGGUCAACUUUGUCAAGCAUCAGCUUCCAGCUUUGGGAGAUUCUGAUCUGGCUAUCUGGCCUCCAUUGGUGAUAUUUUACUUGCACAGCUUUUUCUUGCUUGUUUGUAUUAAUUGCUGACUUUUCCUUGCAGGUAUAACCUGCUGCGUAAAAAAUUCCCAGCAACAUCUUUCACUGGAUCGCCAGUUCUAUCUGAUGCUGGGUUUGACUUGUUGAACAAACUCUUAACAUAUGAUCCUGAGAAGAGAAUAACAGCUGAUGCUGCCCUUAAUCAUGAUUGGUUCCACGAGGUUCCUCUUCCUAAGUCCAAAGAUUUUAUGCCUACCUUUCCUGCUCAACAUGCUCAAGACAGGCGCAUGCGAAGAAUUAUGAAGAGUCCAGAUCCUUUGGAAGAGCAGCGUAGGAAGGAGCUGCAACAAGGGGAGCUAGGGACAGGUGGUUUGUUUGGCUAAUAGAAUUAUAAUUUGCCAACUGUGUCAAAGAUCCCAUGCUUUAAAUUUUCAAAGUAGGCAAACGCACACAGUUGAGGUGAGGGACAUGCAUUCAACAGAAGUUGCGAUCAUUGCUUGUCAGACAAUCAUUCAUGCUGUUUUUUAGCAGGCAACUGUUGUGAUUUGGGUGGAAAACUAUUUGCCACCUACCUUCCAACAAGAUUUCUUGCAGGUUAUCUUUGUCCUCUGGCUCCAGGAAUCAUGUAGAAAAGCAUCUGUGAUACUGCUUACAUCGCAAGGUGUGGUGUUAUAGCUUUUCUUCUUGAAAAUAUCAGUUUCGGCUGGAACUUGUGUAUGUAACAUAUUCUUAUUGGCACAUUGUAAAACAUUAUCUUGAAAUUUGGUUUUAAAUUAGAAAAUUAUGGAAUUUACUACCCGCUAUCAUUUUUAAUAUUCACAUUGUGUUUGCAAGAGACGGUUGGUGUGAAGUGGAGGGGACGUUGUUAGCUUUUCAUUGACGAACAAAUUGACAGUAACCAUUAUGCUUUAAAGGUAAUUAUCAAUUCAUAUCUGCAGAAUGUCACGUGGGAUAAGGACUUUGCUGUCUUCAGUGUGAACAUUGUUGUGCUAGUAUACUCUUGAUAUGCAGCGGUAUGUUUCAGAUGUUGUACUAUUGAUAUUUUUCUUUGCCACACUCUCUUGAAAAGUUUUGGCAUUGUGGAGAAGAUGAUUUUGCAUGUGGAGUGAUCUUAUAGGCAGGAUUUAUCAGGAAGAUCUGUAGGAUCCGUUCUAAAAUGCUGUUAAUGGAACAGUGUGAUAUUUGAUUAAGAAUGUCAAGAUUAAAGAAAAAAAAGGUAUCUGAUAAACAUUGACAGAUUUGUGGUACUGCCAACUUUCAUUACUGCAAAUAUUGAGCUCACCUCUCUAUUUUGUUUUGACUACGAUUUGUUUUACUUUUAAGAUCACAAUGGGAUGGGAUUUUCAAACAAAGAAGGCAACUGUCCUAUUGGACGAUUGUGUUUUAUGUGCUUUUCAUCUAAACACGACUAAACUUCUGCUUACACUUACCAUGAAUAUCUAGUUGAUAUGAUUUCAACCGAUAAUUUGAGAAUUCAAGUUACUCUUAUAAGAAAGCCAUUUGCCUUAGUGAAGAAAGAAUUUAUUGUCUGCAACUUCAUGUCUGUAUUUCUCCACUUGUCUCUGGGUGCUGGACUCUUAUUUUGCACUUCAUGGCACUGAGAAAACUUGACACAUUAAUGUGUAAAGAUCAAAUAGUUAAUUUUUUGCCCAUGUAUUCUUUUUCACAUUGAUGAUGGUAUGAGAAGUUUCAGACUUCAUUAGCUGCAGAAAUUUUUAUGACAUUGUCUGCCAAUGACACUGCAGUCUCAAAUCAAGCAGGUUGAGGAGGUUACCUGUAUUCUCUGGAUUUUAUAGAACUUCCAAUUAGUUGUUCCUUCAGUCUCAAUAGAGUGGUGAUUAGCUGAUUAUCAUACUGAGUAUUUGCUAAGUUGUGUGGAGUUUGGAGCUGUACUUUUAUGAAAUUGACAAGAUGUGGAAUUUGCUAGUGACAAUUUUGUAGUAGGAGUUGUAUGGCUUGCUCGCCUGCUCUGCUUUUAGAUGCAGCCAUACUAUAGUAGUUUGGAGUGAUAUAUUAUUAUUUUAGAAGUCGACAGUCCGGUUCUAAAUAUUUUUGAGUCACUUUUGCUCAUUCUUUCUGAUGUGAUUUUAUUUUAGGCAAGGGUGGAAGAAUGGGUUGCUUGGAGAUGGAAAACCGUGAAGCGUCUGUCGGCAUCCCAUUCACGAAAUCCAUGACCUGAAAGGUACUAAAAGAAGUGAACUUGCAAUAUUGAAUCUAACAGAUAUUAGAGAAGUGUGUUUGUUAUCCCAUCAACGCGAUCUUGAUUUUGGUCCAGAGUUGAGUUGCCCAGUAAUCGAUGAUUUUGAUUGCUUGAA